CUUUAUAUCAAACGAGAACGAAAACCCUGCCAAACCUAAAACCCACGCUGAUUUCCCUAUCAUCCCUAACCGCAAUCCACCUCUUCCUUCUCCAGGUCCAGAGUCCAGAUUCGGGACUAGAUACGGAAAAAUUCACACAUCAGAGAAACCGGAAAAACCCUAGAUUGGCAAAAUGUCCAUGUCCAAGAGCUCCAAGAUGCUCCAAUACAUCAACUAUCGGAUGCGGGUCACCAUCCAGGACGGUCGCCAGCUGGUCGGAAAGUUCAUGGCCUUCGACCGCCACAUGAAUCUUGUCCUCGGAGACUGCGAGGAGUUUCGCAAGCUCCCUCCAGCCAAGGGCAAGAAGAACAACGAGGAGCGAGAGGACCGCCGCACUCUUGGCCUUGUUCUCCUCCGUGGUGAAGAGGUUAUCUCCAUGACCGUUGAGGGCCCUCCUCCUCCUGAAGAGUCUCGGGCUAAGGCUGUUUCUGCAACUGCCGUUACUGGUCCCGGCAUUGGCCGCGCAGCAGGCCGUGGGAUUCCCACCGCUCCUCUCAUUCAGGCCCAGCCUGGCCUCGCGGGCCCUGUACGUGGCAUUGGUGGGCCUGCACCUGGCAUGAUGCAGCCGCAGCUCUCGCGUCCUCCGGUCCCACAACUUUCUGCUCCGCCUAUGACUUACCCUGCAGCAGCGGCUCCACCGGCUGGUGCCGCGCCUGUCAUACGGCCGCCUGGCCAGAUGCCUCCUCCUGCUUAUCCUGGUCAAGCUCCUCCAAUGGGUCGGGGUCCACCUCCGCCGCUUCCACCUCAGUUUGCCGGUAGGCCACCACAACAGGGUUUCCCUAUGCCGCCACAGUUUGCACAGAGGCCAAUGGGAAUGCCACCCCAGCAACAGGCACCAAUGAUGAGAGGGCCUCCUGCUCCACCAAGACCUGGAAUGCAACCCCCACCUCCUCGCCCUGGAAUGCCUCCUCCGGGUGGUGGCGUUCCUGUUUAUGGACCUCCUCGUCCUGGCAUGCCACCACCUCCUCUCAAUCCCCAACAGCAGCAGCAUAUUCAGCAGCAACAAUGAUUAGGGCUGUUGCAGUUGUGCUUUGAAAGUUCUCAGAUGAAGUUUGUAGAAAGGCUCUCUCAAGUGCUGAAGUCUUUAUUGAGUUUCGCCUUGCGCUGUGCACAUCUAAUGUCGAUUUCACUAGCAUUUUGAACUAAUGUGUAUACUUCUCCUAUUAUAGUUCAGGAUUUUGUUGUGCUGUAAUGGUACUAUAAGCCAUGUUGGCCGAGUGGAGGGUCUGUCCUAUCAAAGUUAUAUUAGCACAUAUGAUCAUUAGAUUUAGACAAAAAAAUAUUUGGCAAUGCAGCAUUUUAAUUGAAUUUU